AUGGUUGCGGCGAGUCGUCGCGCUCGCGAGAAUCGUCGCGCAGCACGCGUGCAGCGAGCGCAAGGGGUAUCUGAGGAUGCCUCCACCAUGGAGUUCGACAUUCCUAACCAAGAGGAUGACGGCCGUCGCAACACCUCGUCUGAGGACGAGGGAGCCGACCCCGGGCAAAGCCAGCUUACCACGAUCAAUCCCGACGUCGCCAAUCUCGUCAACCACGCCACUCAGAUUAUCGGAACUUCUGAUGCGGACGGCACUAGCCUGGCCCUCGCUGCUGUCACUGCCCACAAUCCUGCCGACGCCCUGAACUUGCUCGCUGCUUCUUCGGCGAUAGCCAACAUUCGCAACGACACGGCGAAUCACAACGCGUCUGAGGCAAAGAUUCUUGCAAACCUGGCUGAGUCGGGCCUUCGCGACUCUGACGUCACUUAUGACAAGCGCUUCAAGCGUUACGAUGAUGAGCUCGAGGAGAGGGCCACUGUCGAGGAGCUCAACAAGAAGGCCACUCUCGAGGAGCUCCAGCAGCUGAAGGGCCGUGUCGCUCUGCUGGAGGGCCUGCUCUGCCGUGUUCUGUCCAUGAUGCAGAACGGCAACGUUGAUGCCACUGAGGUUGGACAGAUGCUCCGACACCUUGGCAUUUGA